UUUUAGUUCACCUGAGCUCAGUUUGAAAAAAGGUCUUCCUCAGGUUUCCCCAUACUCAAGUGCCGGCGAACCCUAAGACUUUGAUACCUCUUCUCUUCUCUCUCUCUUCAAAGAUGUCUCUCUCUUCCCUCUCUCUCGACUCCAAUCCAAGAUUCGCUGCUGGUGGUCCUUAUUACCGCCGUUAUCCUCCGCUUCGCCACCCUCGAAGCUUCGUCUCUUGCUCUGCUAAACGUCCAGCUGUCUCGGCUUCACUGAGCGUUGCCGCUGAUUCAGCAGCCACAGAGUCUCUCGGACGGAUUGGAUCACUGAGUCAAGUAUCGGGUGUACUCGGUUGCCAGUGGGGAGAUGAGGGUAAAGGCAAACUCGUUGACAUCUUAGCCCAACACUUUGACAUCGUUGCUCGUUGUCAGGGUGGAGCAAAUGCUGGACACACUAUAUACAAUUCAGAGGGGAAGAAAUUUGCACUUCACCUUGUGCCUUCAGGUAUCCUGAAUGAGGAUACUACUUGUGUGAUUGGAAACGGAGUUGUGGUGCAUUUGCCUGGUCUCUUCAAAGAGAUUGAUGGUCUCGAGUCCAAUGGCGUCUCAUGUAAAGGAAGGAUUUUGGUCUCUGACCGCGCUCAUUUGUUAUUCGAUUUCCAUCAAGAGGUUGAUGGGCUCAGGGAGUCUGAGCUUGCAAAAUCGUUCAUUGGCACCACGAAGAGGGGAAUUGGUCCUGCCUACUCUAGUAAAGUGAUAAGGAAUGGUAUUAGAGUAGGUGAUCUCAGGCACAUGGAUACUUUACCUCAGAAGCUUGACCUUUUACUAUCAGAUGCUGCGGCAAGGUUUCAAGGGUUCAAAUAUACUCCAGACAUGCUUCGGGAAGAAGUUGAAGCAUACAAGAGAUAUGCUGACAGAUUGGAGCCCUACAUUACUGACACUGUCCAUUUCAUGAAUGACUCGAUUUCUCAGAAGAAAAAGAUUUUGGUCGAAGGUGGUCAAGCUACAAUGUUGGACAUUGACUUUGGGACUUAUCCUUUUGUUACUUCCUCCAGCCCCUCUGCCGGUGGGAUCUGCACAGGUCUUGGUAUUGCACCAAGAGUUGUUGGUGAUCUAAUUGGAGUGGUAAAAGCAUACACUACAAGAGUUGGUUCAGGCCCAUUCCCAACAGAAAAUUUGGGCCCAGGUGGUGACCUUCUUAGGUUGGCUGGACAGGAGUUUGGCACUACAACUGGGCGUCCUCGUCGGUGUGGCUGGCUUGACAUUGUUGCGCUGAAAUUUUCUUGCCAAAUCAAUGGAUUUGCAUCACUUAAUCUCACUAAGCUUGAUGUACUUUCGGAUCUGAACGAAAUCCAGCUGGGUGUGGCUUAUAAGAGGAGUGAUGGCACUCCUGUUGAAUCAUUUCCUGGUGAUCUUCGUCUUCUCGAAGAACUGCAAGUGGAGUAUGAAGUCUUACCGGGAUGGAAGUGUGACAUUUCCUCGGUCAGAAAUUACUCUGAUCUUCCGAAGGCUGCACAGCAGUAUGUUGAGAGGAUUGAAGAACUUGUGGGUGUGCCCAUUCAUUACAUUGGUAUUGGGCCCGGUCGUGAUGCCAUUAUAUACAAAUGAUUUUUAGUGUUAGUUUUUCUUUUCUUUUUUUUUUGCUCUCCUCCACAAGCCCAAAAAUUGAUCAAGUGUCAAGUUACUGAGAAUUGUUACUCUCUUUGGAAUGACUAGUGUAUCUGUUGCAUUGUUUGUUAUAUUGGAAUGAAGAGGAAUUCUGUGCUUAGGCAGUGAGGUUGUUAUGUUCAUAAAGUUUACGCUUUCGUGUUU